GAUCUUACUUACCUGCCCGCACUGCAGCUUGUACACAUCCUUUAAUCUCCCUGCCACGGACUCACGGAGGCAUCAACAACCGCAAUGACCCGCAGGUAUGCAGCGUGAGGAGUGGUAAAACGAGGGAGGGCAGAGAGAGAGAGAGAGAGAGAGAGAGAGAGAGAGAGAGAGAGAGAGAGAGAGAGAGAGAGAGAGAGAGAGAGAGAGAGAGAGAGAGAGAGAGAGAGAGAGAGAGAGAGAGAGAGAGAGAGAGAGAGAGAGAGAGAGAGAGAGAGAGAGAAAGAGAAAGAGAGAGACAGGAAGAAGCCUGUAUUUGCAGAGUGAGGACAGUGGAGAGAAAACAUUGCACAGCGUGGGUCUGUAACGGACAACAUGGAAUAAGUGAUCGGGGCGGCCAGGUUCAACGCCAAGUGUGCUCCUCGGUGAACUUCGCGAUGGCUGCUUCUGCUGCUGCUUCUCUUGGGGAAUUUGGUGGCUUGCACGGCAUCGACGGUAUCGCACACGUCGGAUCCCAUUUCCUCCUGACCCCAAUCGUGGACAGUCCGCCGACUCUGCUGGGAGAGCAACUCUUACCGGGGGACAGACUGUCCCGCAGCUCGGCCACGGAUUUAACGCACCUCAAAGGGAUCCUGAGGAGGAGACAGUUGUACUGCAGGACUGGUUUCCAUCUGGAGAUACUUCCGGAUGGCUCUGUGCAAGGGACCAGAAAGGACCACAGUCGUUUCGGUAUUUUGGAAUUCAUAAGCCUCGCUGUUGGCCUAAUAAGCAUCCGAGGAGUGGACAGUGGACUCUAUCUGGGAAUGAAUGACAAAGGGGAACUGUAUGGCUCUGAGAAUCUGUCAGCCGAAUGCGUCUUCAGGGAGCAGUUUGAGGAGAACUGGUAUAACACAUACUCGUCCAACCUCUACAAACACGGAGACAAAGGGGCACGUUACUUUGUGGCUUUAAAUAAAGAUGGGACACCAAGGGAUGGGACUAAAUCCAGGCGACAUCAAAAAUUCACACACUUCUUGCCCAGGCCUGUUGACCCUGAUCGCGUGCCAGAGCUAUACAGGGACAUCCUGGGUCACAGCUGAGACCUACCAAGGUCUGGCCUGGAGCGGGAAUAGCUGCUAGCGCCCUUCACACGCAGACAGUGAGCGACGGGGGACGGACACAGCCAGUGCAGGCUGGAGGACAGCGGAGCAACCGGCAGGGAUAAAGGCACCGGGGCCCCAUCUAGGAAUGCACGGGCAUCUCUCAGCAGCAACAGAGAGAUGAAACUGUCUGACUCUGUCAGUCUGCACGCUCAGCAAGAGGGGGUCAUUUUGUCCGUGUGGACGGAAGAGCCACAAAGUACCUGGGAGGAAUAGGAGUCCAAGCGGAAAGGGCCUUCACGGCCAAUAAGCCUCUGGGAACGUGUUUAUUUGGGGGCUUCGUCUGCUUGAGAGGACUUUGAAGGAAAACCGUGACUUUUUUUUUAAAAAAGGAGAGCUAAAGUGUACCGAUUUAUUUAUUCCUUUUAGAUACGUAUAUUUAUGUUAUAUAUUUAUUUAUUUUCAGAAUAUAUUUUUACAUUUAGAUACCUGCAAUAUAGAGAAACCACUAGAAAUUGUAUGAAUUAUGUAAAGACUGAAACACUGUACUAUUAUUAUGUCUUAUAUCCAGAGAAAAGCUCCACAAUACUGUAAUGCCACCAGGAAUCUGAUCAAUAUUGGUGACAUUUGUAAUGGACCCUCUCAUGGACCUUCUCAAUGCAUUUCACUACAAGUCACAAUUGAAAUAACACAUCUGGCACAAACCAUGUGUGUCAUCAAGAACAUACUUUACAAACGUCAAACACUAAAUACAAAUGUGAUCGAUGUGAGGAUCAGAGCUAAUUUAUGUUCAAGGUUACUUUGGAAAGCCAAGAAGCGCACUUUGACUGGUUGCCUUUAUCAGCCACAGUUUCAACAUAUAAACCUGCUUACAAGA